UCAGUAAAAAAAAAUUGCUUCUGGCAACACUGGUAGUCGGAUUGUUAAAUAUUCGUGCAAAGUGGUCAACGUGAACUAUUUAAUUAUUACAACAAUUAUAUUAAUAUUACACUAUAAACUUAUUGAAAUACGUGACUCUGCAUAAUCAAGAUGCCGUUGUCGUGUCGAUUUUACCAAGAGAAAUAUCCCGAGGUGGAAGAUGUGGUGAUGGUGAACGUGAGAUCCAUCGCUGAGAUGGGCGCGUACGUUCAUCUGUUAGAAUAUAACAACAUUGAAGGCAUGAUUUUACUCUCUGAACUGUCCAGGCGACGUAUCAGAUCCAUUAAUAAAUUGAUUAGAGUUGGCAAAACCGAGCCCGUUGUGGUGAUCAGGGUAGAUAAAGAGAAAGGUUAUAUAGAUUUAUCAAAACGUCGUGUAUCAGCUGAGGACAUAGACAAAUGUACAGAAAGGUACGCAAAAGCGAAAGCAGUGAACUCAAUCUUGCGACAUGUAGCUGAAUUGUUACAUUAUGAGUCUUCAGAACAGUUAGAAGAGCUAUAUAAAAGGACAGCCUGGCUUUUUGAAGAGAAAUAUAAGAAAAAGGCAUCUGCUUAUGAUUUCUUUAAGCAGGCUGCUGUUGAUCCAUCAGUACUAAAUGAAUGUGGACUUGAUGACAACACUAAGGAAGUACUGCUGGCAAACAUCAAGAGGAAACUGACAUCGCAAGCGGUAAAGAUCCGUGCUGACAUAGAGUGUGCAUGCUAUGGCUACGAGGGUAUCGACGCCGUUAGAACCGCCCUAAAGUCUGGCCUUGCGCUGUCCACAGCUGACAUGCCAAUUAAGAUUAAUCUUAUUGCCCCUCCUUUGUAUGUAAUGACAACAUCGACACCUGAAAAGACAGACGGUCUCAAAACACUACAAGACGCGAUCGACAAAAUAAAGGAAACCAUCCUAGCGGCUGGUGGAGUCUUCAAUGUGCAAAUGGCGCCUAAAGUUGUGACAGCGACUGAUGAAGCGGAACUGGCGCGGCAGAUGGAGCGAGCAGAGGCAGAGAAUGCAGAGGUGGCUGGAGACUCUGCCGAGGAAGAUGAGGACCAGGGUAUGGGCAAUGCGGGCGUGGAUGAGGAGCCACAACAGAACGGCGCGUCGGACGAAGAGGACGAGAACUAAGCGAGUGUACACAUAGACUUCUGUAUCUAUAUAUAUAACCUAUUGUAAUAAUAAUACUGUCGCUAUGCAAUUCUAUCUGGAAUAUACAAAUGUUUUUUAUACAAAGAAA